GCGAACUUGACGCCGAUUUGGUUCAUCGAGUGAAUAGUGUUGCUGUGCACAAUCACAAGCUUAGCAGGAGACCUGUCCCCCCAAAAAAUAACGAGCGAGUGUCUCGGAGACACAGCAGGACCGUCGCGGUAGUCGUUCGGCUACUAUCUGCUACAAUGACAGAGCUAAGGCACCGCGGAGCCAAAGACACCGACCCGACGUUACAACAGCAGUCGUCAGAGGACAAGGGUUCAGACAGUGAGCUGAAGGGGGAGAAAGAUGGGGCGUCAGAUAGCGAAGCCAAGGUGGACUCAGGAGUCCCGGAGGUGCCAGUCCCUGCUGAUGACACCCCUGUGGUUCUAAACAAGGCCCUGUCUGGACUCUCCUCAAGAUGGAAGAACUGGUGGAUCCGAGGCAUCCUCACACUAGCCAUGAUUUCCUUCUUCUUCUUAAUCAUCUACCUGGGCCCCAUGGUGCUCAUGAUGAUUGUCCUCAUUGUUCAAAUUAAGUGCUUCCAGGAAAUCAUCACCAUCGGCUACAACGUGUACCACUCCUACCACCUGCCCUGGUUCAGGACGUUGAGCUGGUACUUCCUGCUGUGUGUGAACUACUUCUUCUACGGUGAGACAGUGACAGACUACUUCUUCACACUGGUGCAAAGGGAGGAGCCUCUUCGCAUCCUCAGCAAAUACCACCGAUUUAUCUCCUUUGCCCUCUACCUCACAGGUUUCUGCAUGUUUGUGCUGAGUUUGGUGAAGAAGCACUACCGCCUUCAGUUCUACAUGUUUGGUUGGACCCAUGUGACUCUGCUGAUUGUGGUGACUCAGUCUCACCUUAUCAUUCACAACCUGUUUGAAGGGAUGAUCUGGUUCAUUGUGCCAAUUUCCUGCGUCAUCUGUAAUGACAUUAUGGCCUACAUGUUUGGUUUCUUCUUCGGCCGCACCCCACUCAUCAAGCUCUCACCGAAGAAGACAUGGGAGGGAUUCAUCGGUGGAUUGUUCUCCACUAUUGUGUUUGGCAUUAUGUUCUCCUAUUUGAUGGCCGGCUACCGCUACUUCGUGUGCCCGGUGGAAUUCAACAACGACUCCAACCGUUUCCAGGUGGACUGUGAGCCAUCCGAGCUUUUCCAGCUUCAGGACUACAUUCUGCCCGGCGUCCUGCAGUCCUUCACUGGAUGGAGCACGGUGCGUCUUUACCCAUUCCAGAUCCACAGCAUCGCUCUCUCCUCCUUUGCCUCCAUUGUGGGACCUUUUGGUGGAUUCUUUGCCAGCGGCUUCAAAAGAGCCUUUAAGAUCAAGGAUUUUGCCAACACGAUCCCCGGUCACGGUGGCAUUAUGGACAGAUUCGACUGCCAGUACCUCAUGGCCACAUUUGUUAAUGUCUACAUUGCCAGCUUCAUCAGGGGCCCAAACCCCAGCAAGGUGAUCCAGCAGCUCCUGGCCCUCCGUGUGGAUCAGCAGCUCCACAUCUUCAACUCCCUGAAGGCUCACCUGACGGAGAAGGGCCUGCUGCCGGCGCUGGAGGGGGCCGCCGCCUAGAGCCCCCCCUCCGACCCCACACCGGCUCGCUCUGAGAGAGGAGGGCGGCACCCGAGGGCCCUGUGCAGCUCCGGCGCUCUGAGAGACUGGCAGUGCUUUUGUGUGAGCGAAAACACAUCGGAGAGAAAGAAAAAAAAAAAGAAGAAAAAUACAAAAAACUACAGUCUUGGGUCAUUCCAUUUUAUUUGGGUAUGAGAGUCGAGUGUGUCUGUGAAUCAUGUUUUCAGGUUGAGUUUGUGAGUUACUGUACUGUUAAACAUUUCCUUUAUCGCCAACUUGUAUCUAUUCACGCUGUUGAACAAAAUGUUGGUCCACUGUACAUUUCUACCUGUAUGCAGGAUAUCCUCAAUAUACCUAUUAAUGCGUGUUCACAUUUUGUUGUGCUCUAAUUAUGUUUUUAGUUUCAAUGCACUGCUCUCAAUCAACCCUGUUACUCACUGUUACCCCAGCUGUACCCCUCCUCCCCACCAUCAGUUUAAAUUUUCUUUUGUUGGGAUUGUUUCUAUUUAUACAUAGACCAUUUUUAUAUUUGGUAUGUCUUCUUAUAUCUUAAUGUUGUGUUUGUUUUAGACUGAAUUCACUGUUGCCAUCUGCCACAUGCAUUUAUGUAUUUGUGUCUUUUUUUUUUUCUGUGUUUCUGCUGCCAUUCAUCAUUUUUUUUAAAAAGGCCUCUUACUGACAUCAUAGUGUUGAUUAUUAUCAAAGGACAGCAACAGUUUGUUGGUUUUGUGCUAUAGAGGCGCAGUGUGCGAUGCUCUGUACUAAAUGGACUCAAUCUGCCCUCACCUGGGUGCCAUUUCAUAUUUCAUGGCAAAAGCAGAAAGCUUCUUGGAGAUGGUACACGCAAUCAUUUUUUAAAAUUUCCUUUUUGUUUCAUUAAGUCUUUCUGUGUUAAUACUUAUUUUAUCUCAAACGAGGAGCUGGUUUAGGGUGUAUGCUCUGUAAAUUGGUGGGAUUGUUGCGUUAUGGCUUCUGUUUAGGAUUGGACAGUACAAGUGAGGCACAAUGAUGGUUUCCACACUGCAGACAUGUUCGUCUCUCUGAUGUCACCACGGUCACGGUUUCAGAGCAGAAAGACCCAAUAUCCUGCUUGAGUUGACCUGUGUGUGUGUGUGUGUGUGUGUGACAGCUGUUGCGAUUGCACAUAUCGGAUGUUCAGGUUGUUUGCCAAUGCAGUCAGCUGCUGUACACACACACACACACACACACACACGGCGGUCUGUGCUCAAGAGGUUCUACAGUCAGAUUAUGUGAUAUUUAUACAACUGGCAAAAGUUUGCCUCAUUUUUUUGGUGGUAAAAUAUUAAAGAUUCUCCAGCGUUGAGUUAAUUUCUGUUUUUGGAAGCAUUGUGAAUGAAUUCUCUGUGUGGUUAUGUUGCGGUCUGUUAAAGGGAGGCCGCCGAUCUUACACGUGAUGAUGAUGAUGAUGAUGAGUUUACUCGUAUUACUACGAGUCUGAGAAAAUAGAAAAUCGCUGUGAUGAUGUUAUUGGGGUAAUCUUGGCUUGUGCCUGGAAAAUUUUAACUGAAAGCCUGCGUUACGGUAAAUAUGGGCGUUUAACAGUCAGAGAGGAUCUUUCUUAAAUAUCUGAUUCUGUUGCAUUAUGGGAAAUGGAGGAGAAUGUUAUACCCACACUAAGGACUAGAAGUCAGGAUGUCUCUUCCUCUGGUACAUCCUUUUUGAGAAGUCUUUUUUUAAUCUGUCUGUUGGUCACUAAGGCAUUACAUUGCUGGAGUACUCCUUUUAAAACUGCCAACACAAUCUGUUCUGUUAAUUUCUGAAUAUGUUAUAUACUCAAUUUAAACUCCGACUGACUGUUUUGUUUUUUUAAUCAUAUACAUUAUUUAUAGAUUAAAUACUGGCAGACAACAGAUUAAAUAGCAUUUUAAGAUUUUUUGCUGAUAUUGUUUAGUCAAUUUGGCUCGUUGGAUUGUUAAAAGUGAUGAUCGUUAAAUAUAAUUAAAUGGCCAUAAUUAUUAUUUUGUAGAAAUGGAGGCGCUAGCGGAGCAGAAAGCCCGACGGUGUAUACAGUGUACUGUAAGUGGGUCCAACUCUGGUAGACAAAGGUUCUAAUUAGCCUACUCUACCCAGCAACCAAUCACCUCAGGCUGUCCGUCAUCUUUGUGCACAUUCAUCCAUUUGUUUUUUUUAAUCCAAUCGGAGAAAAGAAUUGAUUCAUAGUUGUCAGUGAAAGCCAAAUAACUGGAGGUUUAAUGUAGGAGUUGUUGAUGUUUUCCCGACAGAACUACUUCUGUGCUCAAUGUUUGAGGUCAAAACAACAAUACGAACAACCGUAAAGGAAUCAGUAGAUCAGUAUCUAGUUGUCCCUAAAUGGUAAUCAUAUAAAACAGCUAUUAUCUGUGUCUGGUUGAAUGACUGCUCAACUUAAUCAGGGUCAUUUUGGAAAAGGGUUGCGCCCUUAAAUUUCCUCUCAUCAGAUUCUGUCCUCAAAAUCUUUCAUGUAUUUUUAAGAAAAGAACGCAAAUGUUUUGUAACGCAGAAAAUUGCUUAUUCUUCAAUAUGCCAAAUCAAGACUCACAAGAACCACUGUAUAAACCAACCAUGCAUUUAUGUUUUCUCCUCCUAUUUGAAUGUUGAUCCAUUCAUAUUUUUAUUGAUGUCAUGUUUUUGGUUUGACCUGCGCGAUAACUAACCUGUCUUUACGCUUAACUUCUUAAAGUAUUUAUUUUAUUUACCCUACGAAAACCUUUUCAAAGUCACUAUAUUGUACAUUUAAGAAGAUGUUUAGAGGAAAUGUUACGUGUUCUUUCGUAUUUUUGGUUAGAGGAAUAUUUAAAGUAUCAUUAUUGCCAUAUAGGAGAGAGUAUUGAGAUAGAAAAGUAUUUUCUCUCUGUCUUGCUGUGACUUCAGUGCAUUUGGGUGUUUUCUAGGCUCUUCCCUGGUAGCUGUCAUGUGUCAACUUCUUUGUCGCGGUGCAGGUUGAAGCAACGCAGAUACUUGUAGCACUGUGUUGCAUCGUCUCCCUUGGAGUAGAUCGGAAGUCUCCAGAAAGUAACACGAGGACUGGUGUCUCAGCAUUCGUAGAUAUCUUAUAUUUUUCUGGCCUGCUGUGGUGGUUUGAAGUUCGAGGUCUUUGCCCUGCAGCUCUGUACUGCCAUUUCUCCGUCUGUGGUGUUACAGUCGGCCACUAGAGGGAGCUGCAGCUCGGCUGAUCGAGUGUAACUGCAUCUGAGCAGAAAGGUUUGACCCUUUGCUGUUUGAUACAUUCCAGUUCCCCUAAGAUUCUGCUCACAUGUAGACAGAAUAUAUGAGAUAAACAUGCCACUAUUAGAAGGAAAAAAUAUUGUUUUUGUGUCAUAACACCCAGGGAACACCAUGCCAUUUAAUCAACACAGUGCCACUUUGCUGUUGUGAAUCCUGCCCAGCCAGGACCCUCUAAAAGGAAUGUAUGGGAGUUGUGAGUACCCCACAUGCUGUAGGCCCUUUGUGGACAUUUUAUUUUGUGGUUAUGGAUUCUCUUAUAAAGCUGUAUGAGUUCACUAUAUUGUUCUUAAACAUGUGCAAUGGUUUGUGUUGAGUUGUACACUUGUCUAGAGAAAGGUUGUACUCUUUGAUGCUGAAAUGUGCUUUGCCUUUGUUCAAAGAAAAUUAAAGGUCUAAAAAAUG